GCGGAGAGAGAAAAAAAAAAAAAAAAAAGGAGGGGAGAUAUCGCCACAGCGAGAGCCGACUGUUGAAUUAUGAAUAAUUAUUAUAAUAAAAUAAAGAACACCAGCCGACGGAAACACAAGCUACCCUAAAUUAAGUAAAUAAGCAGCGGCGUUCUUGCUGACUGUACAGACGAAAUUGGCUAGGGCGAAGAACAGAUAAAUCCGAAGAAAAGAAAAAAAGCGGCCUAUUUUUGUUCUGGGAUCUAGACAAGCCACCACUGCAGCUUAGGGCAGUUGAAACAACAAUAAAAUAAAUGUCAUGCUGCCAGGGUUGUUAUUUUUCUUCUUCAAACACGAGGAAGAGGAGCUCUGAAUCAUUCGCGCAAUUGCUUGCCGAGGUUAAGUCCUACUGGCGAACGAGAAGCGGCCUGUUUUGUUUUUGCAACUACACCGCCAUGAGAAACAGCGGCAGACAAUAAACAAAUGUGUGCUUAUUAAUUCCCUUUUAAUUAUCUGAAUGCAUCGGUCUGGAGCGGGGCCGGGGGGCAGAAAAACGCUAGUUUUUUCCCCAGAAACAACUCCUGAUAUCAAAGAGGAUCAAGAAAGUGAAAAAGAAUCGGAGCUGUGGGAUGUUGAUAUAACCAUAUACUACAACUAAUGGGAAGCCAGCUUUGAGACCUGCAACAGAGCGCCACCAACGUUUUGUUGUUGAAUAAUAAUAUUGUAAUGGAAGAUAAGUGAAUCGCUUUCAGGAAAUAAAGCAUUUGGGGAUUCUUUUUUUCUAGUGAAUUUUAAACAAGAUAACAUCGCACUGGUUAGCUAAAUCGAUUGGUGGAAAGUAUCGUUUUAAUUGAUAAUGUUUAUUUGGGCGUAUUUCGUGCCGUGGAAGAGAGGAAAGCGCUAAGCAGCAAUGGUGCUGCGCUUGUUCUUUUACUAUUAACUUUUGAAUGCAGACUUUGUUCUCAGUGCAUUGCCAGCCAGUAUAUAAAUAAGCCCACAUUCUUCCUUCAAGAGGAGACUGUACAACCGAUUUUCCAGAUUUGUGCAGCAAUUUAUUAUAACAUGAAUUCAUGUUCAACGUAAGACGUGCAUGCUUACUCUGCUUGGAAACUAAGGUUGGACUGCCGUACCCAGCCCAGUCUACCACAUUUUAAUCGCUGUCCAAAAAAAAUAAUCUAGUGGAAACGAUCGGAUCUGUUGUGUGUUGUUGUUUUUUUUUUCUUCCUACAACUGGAUACAUCCGGCCUGAAGUUGCUGAGAUGAACCCGGUGAAUGCCACCGCUCUUUAUGUGUCAGCUUGUCGUUCGGUGCUGCAGUGCGAUCCGAGGGACCCACAGUCCUUCACGGAGCUUUACAAGCUCUUACCAUUCUUCAGGCAGUCUCUUUCAUGCCUUGUUUGUGGGAACUUGCUACAAGAUCCAAUAGCUCCAACCAACUCCACUUGUCAGCACUAUGUGUGCAAAACCUGUAAGGGUAAGAAAAUGAUGAUGAAACCCUCUUGCAGCUGGUGUAAGGACUAUGAACAAUUCGAAGACAACAAGCAACUUUGUAUUUUAGUGGACUGCUACCGGAAGCUCUGUGAGUAUAUUGCUGAGUCACCAUUAGCCCAGCAAAUAGCCAGUGCUGUUGGAGGCUCCCCAGAUAUUUUGGCUAUGUUGAAAGAGGGGCUGUUGUUAAAUGAAGAUGAGCAGGGAGAUUCUCAAGUGGCUCUGUCUCAAAGUUUAUCACAUUCCCCGGUACCUUCGACCUCUGAGAACCACAGCAACUCGCAGUUAGAGACGUCAUCAGAGCUCCAUGAACAAGCAGCAGACACGGACAUGUGCCGGUCUCGCAUAAAUGGAUUGCAUGACUGUAAUGGGCUCUCAAUGGAUGAGCUGGCAGCCAGCCUCCCUUCACCAGAAAAUGCUGCCAAUUCCAUUGAUGUAUGUAGCACUGGGAACAACCUCAAAAGCGAGGGCUUUCCUGACGAGCUGCCGACAGUCUGCACUGAAGGUAUUGACAUCUGCGGCUUCAGCGAGGGCAUGAAACACAACAACGACCCUCUUUUGCUGAGCGUUGAGGAGGUGCUCAGAAGCUUGGAGCCGGACCCUGUUACUGAGGACUGCAAUGAGGCCUUGCAGUCUAGCUUGGAGACAACAGGCUCACUGAAUGGACCUUUCUCUGAUCCCAAGUUGCCCUCCCUCCCUCUGGACACUGAGGUCUUUGUUUCCUGUCACCCUUUGCCCUCCUCUGGGAUCUCCUGUUCGGCGACCACCCCCAAAGCAGCAAGGAUGAAUCGCAAGCGAUCGCGAUCAGAGAGCGAUAGCGAGAAGAUCCAGCCCCUGCCCAUCUCCAGCAUUAUCCAGGCCCCCCCGUUGGCAGCCACUGCUCCUGCGCCGGUUAAGCGGGAGCCCAAGGUCCCAGCCACUGUGCCAAACGGGGGCACUGUCAAGGUGAGUAAAACACUGCUGGUGUCCAACAAGAGCAUCAAGAAGAAUCCUGACCACGGGGCCAAGAAAGCCUACUCGAAGGCCAAACAAGGGGUCCCUAAGACCAAGGACAAAACGAAAGAACGUCUUCUCAGCAAUAACUUGAUGCCGGGCAGUCCCAACAAAGUUGUGUACAAAAAACCACAGGAAAAGAAAGGCUGUAAAUGUGGCCGGGCCACCCAAAAUCCAAGUGUUCUUACGUGCCGUGGCCAACGGUGCCCAUGUUACUCUAACCGCAAAGCCUGCUUGGACUGCAUCUGUCGGGGCUGCCAGAACUCAUACAUGGCCAAUGGCGAGAAAAAGCUGGAGGCCUUUGCUGUGCCAGAAAAGGCUUUGGAGCAGACCAGGCUCACACUGGGCAUCAAUGUUACAAGCAUUGCCGUACGGAAUGCAAGCACAAGCGCAAACGUCAUCAAUGUCACAACAGGUUCUCCUGUCGCCACGUUCCUAGCUGCCAGCCCUCACGAGGACAAAAACUUUGAUGAGACUCUAGACAUGAGGUUUGACUGCUGAGCUGUCCUUCAUUCACCAGUUUUUAUGGGAAGGGAGGAGUGGAAGACGAGUCACUACAUUAUUAAGGCAGCUAUGGUUCUGUUCCAGUUCAGUUUUAAAAAUUGCCAAAGUUCCUGCUUGUAAAUCCCUUGUAUGAUGUGUUCUGUUUUUCACAUGCUGCAGUUUGGAACGAGAGUAGUCUUAAUAUAAGUUUAAUGCCACUACAAGUGAUUUAUACUUCAUGAUCUUUGGCAAGAGAAACUUGACCUCAUUGUUGCUGGUCAUGCUCUGUGCAUAAUCAAAAAAGGUUCAGGUAAAAACAAAUGUAAAACAAAAGGUACCUGCAAUGUCAGUGGUGAUAGGUUGUAUUCAUAACCUUUUUAUAUACAACAUACUAGUAAUUCCACAACAAAAAAUAAAUUGAUAUUUUUUCUUAAAAGUAGCAUUUGCAGUAUACCAUCUUACAAAGAACAGUCUAUUUGACAACAACAGGAUACCGUUUCAACAGAUGCAAGGCAGUGAAAUGCAGUAUGUACAGUUUGUCUAAAUUAUGUUCCUGGCUGUCUCAAACAAAAGUGUGUUUUUUUGUUGCCUUUAAAAAAAUAAAAUAGUAGAAACAUACCUGUAACAUUAAGAUCGCCACAAAAUGGGGGGGGAAAAACUACUGCCAAUGUUGAUUAUAUUCCCCCCUUCCUAACGUGAAAUAAGAUCUGUUCACUGUAAUGUGGUAGAACAUGUAGCCUGGUAAUCCCCUUAAGGCAACAUACAGUCAGUCCCCUUUUUGGUUGAGUUAUGAAUUGGGAAAUGAGCAGUGUCUUAAAUGCUAUAUUGUGCAGACUUAUGUAGAUAAGUGUGCAUCUGCCUAAUCUGCAGUUCAUGCCUGCAAGGACCCUGUUUUUAAGCACUUAACUUGAAGGCCAAAUAGCCGCAUUACCUGCUUGGUAGAUCAUAGCAAUAUUUGUUCAAUAUCUUAAAUGUUACCCUCAAGUAUACAUGACAUGCACCCUUGUGCUAACUUGAACAAAACACAUCUCAUCGUUAUGCUUAAUUACAUACAGCAUCAACAAAAAGACCACCUUCUAUAACAUCUGUUUUGGGGGUUUGUGUUGCAUUGCAUUGGAGAAUAUUGAUUAACAUGCAAAGGUUUCAGGAUAACCUUUCCAGGAAAGGGUUAGGGUUAGGUUUGAGUGGGAGUGGUUAACAAUUGUCAAUGUCCAAAAGACGCCAAUUCAUUUCUGCAUGGAGAAUUAAUGAAAUGUUAUUAAACUCUUCCACUCUCGACAUACCCACAAAUUGAAGGCACCGAGAGUCUGCAUGCAACUUUUGAAUUGCAGUACAAAAUCAAAUAUAAAAAAGCAUUGGUGGUCUUUUUAUUAUCAAGACAAAUUGCAUUUUUUUUGUUAAUUUAAAGUGUACCACUUUUAAGUAAACUCAGUGGCAUUUGUAUCCCAGAAUUUUCCAUUCCCUGUGUAAUGUAUCCUUCCACGAAGGAUUUUGUUUCUUUUAUGUGAACUGCAGCCUAACAUUUUUCAAUACCUUUUUGAUUUCGCACACAGCAUGCACAAAGACAGUUAUUCACCUAGUGUACAGAUAAAAGAAUGUGCAGGUAUUCUCUGACAGAUCCAAUGGCACCCUCUGUUUUAUAGUUUUAUCUGAUGUCAUUUCCUGUGAAUGUGGGCAGGUAGUGUUUUUGAAGCCAUAGGAGAAAACAAAAUGUGAUUCAUGUCCAGUCUGUAUUUUUUUCUUUUCUUUUUUGUUGUUGUUGUUGUUGUUGUUUUGAUUUGCAAGAAGAGUUGAAAAAAUAUUUUUGAUAAUGAGAGUAAAUGGUGGAAAAUG